CCCACCUGGUGUGGGAGACUAGUAUGGCCCAGGCUUGUUUCUUGGUCCCUUUCCUAGCUUUGUAGCCUUGCCUCUGUUGACCGCAGCCCUGAGGAAGUCUGCUUUCUGGGAUCCUAGCCUAGAGUCCCUUACAUGGAGUUUGGCUUUCUUUGCCUUUCCUGUCCGCACUCUAGACAACUGGACCUGAUAUUCUCUCUACCCACUGAACCACCCUAUCACAUGCUCUGACAAUAGACCCUUCCAGAUGACCAUGCAUCUGCCCCCACCAGAGGCUGUCAGCACCCACCCUGCCUCUGCCAGGGGUCUAGGCUCCUUUCUUUCCCUAGUUUCAAUGUGGUAGAGUGACCAGGCGCUUAAAGCCUUGAGGCAGACGAACAUGGUUCAUAUCCUAGCCCUGAGUGACACUGGGCCUUUGGGCCUCUAUAAAAUGGAAAUAAGAAACCGAGUCCGUGACGUUGCUGGGACAAAGAUUACACAGAGCACGGAUGCCAAGCCUGGCCCAUCCACAGCCUCAGGCUUGAGGGAGCUUCCUCAUUGCUUCUUGUAUCCCCUUUAUUCCCUAUCAGUCCAUCCCGGGUCAGCUCCAUCCCUCACCUGCAGGGGAACCUUCACAGCUCCUCUUUGCCUCAAUGCCUGGCAUUUAUUUUAGAGGGAACUUAGUCCACGGAAGCUGUGUGUUGGUUUGUCUCUGGGUGGGAUGGACGCGCACGCAUGCAUGCAUGCACACAUGCACACACGCACGCACACAGGGAGGAGGGGGUCAGGGCUAUCUAGAGAUGUGUUUAGGAAAGCCUGGGCUCCUGACCCUGUGGCCUUUCUCUUAGCCCAAGCUGAAGGACCUUCUUAGGUUUCUCUGUUGAGGAAACAACUAGGCCUUUUGGACAGGAAAGAAAACACCCUGUCCAAACAGAAGCAUCCUGAGGAAUCGGCUGCCUGUGGGACAGAUGUCAGGAGCCCUGCAAAAGGAGUACCCCGUCCUAUCCUUGCUCACCCCCACCCCAGGACCUCCUAGGGGCAGGUCUAUGUGUGUGGCUAGCCCUCUCUGGGUGCCCGACCUCCAGCAGAAGGUUGUCACCCCCUCAGCUCUCUACAGGAAGCAGGCACACAUUAAGUACUCCUCUUGAACCAUGUGGGGCAGUCAUAGCCCACCCGCAGAGCGCUUAAGGAGUUUUUUUUUUUUUUUUAGAAGCCUGGACAUUUUAAUGGGACCUCCCACUUCUACAAACGCUUCUCUGCCACCUCCCUUUGAACUCCUCCCCCACAUCAGAGUCUCCAGUCACAACUCCGUCAGCCUGCAGCUCCAGGUUUGGGGUCUGCACUCCAGCUCUAACAAUUGCUACUCCCUGGGGGCCAGGCCUUGGGGAGGGAAAGGGACUGUGUACCUUUAAGGGGUUGGUCCGCCGGGAGAGCGAGGUUGUUGGAAGCAGCUUCUUUUCGGGCCAUUCAGGAUCCCAGAUUUUUCUGCUACUUCAGACCUGGACAGCCUGUGGCUUCAGCGUGUCGCAGUGGUCCCAAGCAUUUGAGUCGUCGAAGAGCCUGCUGGGGACGGGAUGCAGUGGACACCUCUUCUAGCUUGUUCUAGCUGCCUGCUGCGCUCUGAGGACAGCACCUGUUGCCCUUGGGCCCAGCCUCAUCCAAGACACCUUGGCACUGCCACCACCCUGGCCAGGAUGGGCCUGCGGUUCCUUGUCUUGCUGUUGCCACUGUCCUGUGUCUUGGGACUGCCAUUCUACAACGGCUUCUACUAUUCCAAUGGCCUGCAUAGCAGGGCCCUGGGCAAUGGCUACGGGGAAGGCCUGUUCAACGGAGUGAAGUUGGUGGUGGAGACGACUGAGGAGUCUCUGUUCAGUCACCGAGGAGCCAGUGUGACCCUGCCCUGCCGCUACCACUAUGAGCCAGCCCUGGCGUCCCCGAGACACGUUGUGCGCGUUAAGUGGUGGAAGCUGUCCGAGAAUGGAUCCCCGGAGCAGGAUGUGCUAGUGGCCAUCGGGCAGAGGCACCGCUCCUUCGGGGACUACCAAGGGCGAGCACACUUGUGGCAGCACAGACCGCAAGAGGUGUCCCUGGAGCUUAGGGACCUGCGGCUGGAGGACUCUGGGCGCUACCGCUGCGAGGUCAUUGACGGGCUGGAGGACGAGAGUGGCCUGGUAGAGCUGGAGCUUCGGGGCGUGGUUUUCCCAUACCAGCCCCGCGAAGGGCGCUACCAGCUCAACUUCCACGAGGCCCAACAGGCCUGCCGGGAGCAGGGCGCGGUGGUGGCUUCCUUUGAGCAGCUCUUCCGCGCCUGGGAGGAAGGCCUGGACUGGUGCAAUGCAGGCUGGCUGCAGGACGCCUCUGUGCAGUACCCUAUAACGCUGCCCCGGCAGCCCUGCGGAGGCCUCGGCCUGGCGCCUGGUGUUCGCAGCUAUGGCCAGCGCCACCACCGCCUGCACCGCUAUGACGUGUUCUGCUUCGCGGCUGCCGUCAAGGGGCGGGUGUACUACCUGGAGCACCCGGAGAAGCUGACGCUGCUGGAGGCCAGGGAGGCCUGCCUGGAAGAUGGCGCACAGAUCUCUACGGUGGGCCAGCUCUUUGCUGCUUGGAAGUUCCGCGGCCUGGACCGCUGUGAUGCUGGCUGGCUGGCAGACGGAAGUGCCCGCUACCCCGUAGUUCACCCCCGUCCCAACUGCGGGCCCCCUGAGCCUGGAGUACGGACAUUCGGUUUCCCAGACCCACGCACCCGCUAUGGCGUCUACUGUUACCGCCCAGCGUUAGCAGGGUGGCCGGCUGUGCAUCCUCCUGCCCUCUGACUUCCUGGGUCAACUUUCUGACACAAGGGUUCACCUUGUCCCUUGAGGGUUGGGGCGUUGCUUGUGUUGUUUUUAUACGUCCCAACUUAAACAUUUUUAAAAGGUAUUAUUAUUAUUUUUUUUUACAGACCCAAUUCUCAAUUCUCUUGGCAUCCCUCUCUGGGGCGUUUGAGGUCCAUUGGAUUUUAAAAGGCUCUGCCGUGUUCUGGUACAGCUGGCAUCCCUAACCUGAGGAAUCCGGUGCCGAGCAUGAGCAGUGCCUGCAGCUAGCCCCCUCUCCUUGGCUUAGAGGAGGCAGAAGGAUGAGUGUUGACUCUUUUUAAAUUUCUGCACAGGGUCCUUAGACUUGUGGAUGAGGGCUUAAGGAAGGGAGAACCUUCCCGCAUCAUCUCCUGGUUCCUGAGUCGAGUAUCCUUCCCAUGUUCCCUGCUUGGGAGUGACCCUCUGGGUGUGUGUACCUUCUUUGGCCAAUAAAUGGUGCUGAUUCCCUUCUUUCCCUCCCA